GUAUCAGUUAUCAAUCAGUCAGUUUUACUAGUUUUUUUACUCUUACUCCUAAGUUCCAUGCAUACGGGGAACGGGGACGCGUGUGUUAAAAACACGAAGCGAUUGGCGUUGAUUUAUUAACGUUAUAAUUCCCGACAAUUUGACGGGCACUCGAAUCUGGAAUCCUUAAUAAGUGACGGGUUUUCCAUGGAAUCUACCGAGUAGCGGAAAAACAUCGAAGUUUUGCGGAGUGGCGACGCCGAGGCCCAAUCUUGAAUGCGAGGGCUUUUUUGUACUACACAUAACACAUAAAUCAACGGAAUAUGCAGUCUCAAGAAAUGGAGGCUGCUGAUGGAGGUUCACCAUGGAACGAAUCCAGCGGAUGCGAAGAAGAACGCAGGUCCAAUCUGAAGGAGGGUAAAAAAUCAAAUGUUUUGCCCCUGUGGGGUAACGAAAGGACCAUGAACUUGAAUCCAUUGAUUUUAACCAACAUACAAUCUUCUCACUACUUCAAAGUUAAUCUGUACGAGCUUAAAACUUACCACGAAGUCAUAGACGAGAUUUAUUACAAGGUAUCACAUUUGGAGCCAUGGGAAAAAGGCAGCAGGAAAACUGCAGGACAAACCGGCAUGUGUGGAGGCGUUCGCGGUGUCGGAGCUGGUGGAAUAGUCUCGACGGCAUACUGUCUCUUAUACAAGUUAUUCACCCUGAGGUUAACUAGAAAACAAUUGAAUGGUCUCAUUAAUCAUCCGGAUUCUCCCUAUAUCAGAGCACUCGGAUUUAUGUACAUUAGAUACACACAACCUCCUGCUGAUUUGUUUUCCUGGUACGACGAGUAUCUCGAGGACGAGGAGGAAAUGGACGUUAAAGCAGGUGGAGGUCAAGUGAUGAAACUUGGCGAAAUAUUGAAACAGUUCCUCACGAAGCUCGAGUGGUUUUCGACAUUAUUUCCGAGGAUACCGGUGCCUAUACAAAAAGAUUUGGAGCAUCGUUUGGGCGAGCGAUUUCCUCAACAAACGGCAAACGCGAGAAACGCCAAGCCACCCAUUAUUUUAAAUAAUCACGGUGGAAAGUACAGUACUAACAACGGUGGUAAUAAUGCAGGACGUAAGGACAACGGCAAUGGAACUACGAGAAAUCACCAACAGCCAAGGCAUAUACCGGACAGUGAGGCACAGUGGGGAGAAGCCGAAAGAACGAGCCAGUGGCGAGCCAGAUCCGAUGAGGAUCGCAAGGAGAAGCACAGGGAAAGAGAACGUGAGAGAAAACGAUCGCGAGAUCGAGGCGAACGCGACUCGCGUCGCGACAAGGAUAAGGAGAGAGACCGACACUUCAGGAGAUCGACGAGUCGCGACAGAAAUCGGAGACAGCGCGAAUACAGAAGUCGCAGCAGAGAAAGAUCUCAUCGUGAUCGUAGCAGAGAUCAUCAUCGGGAGAGAGACAGACACCGUGAUAGACGAGGUUCGCCGUUCGACUACGCAGCGGAAUUGGCGCGCGAGCGAGAGAGGCAACGAAGAGAUUGAGUAAUUUUAAGAUGUAACGUUUGUACAACUGUACCUUAUUGAAAAUGUAAGAGAAACGAAAGAUUCACAUUGAAAAGAGUGGGGAGUACAUAAGAAUCGAUCAAGUUUCACACACAACAACCCAAAAAAAAACGAUAAAAGUUGAAGAAUAAACAAAAGAAAAUUCAAAAAACUUAGAACCGAGCCAUUUAACACACAACUAAAUGUAUGCGAGUGGUACCCCUCGAUUGGGGUAUUAGCCUAAAAUUAGUUCAACUUGUAAUGUUAUUAAUUUUAUCACCAUGUAGUUUACAUGUUUUUUUUUUUUUUUAUAAGAAAACUAAAAAAUAAAUAAAUUCAUGACCGUA